AUGUUGAAGUGCGUCAAAAUUAGUGCUCCUCUUUUCGUCCUUACUACAUAUUUUGUUGUUGCCUUCUCGGAAAACCCGGUUGUAAAUGGCGUUAUUCCUAGUGAAUUCAUUGGUCUCAGCGACGGAGUUCUUGAAGUUCCGCCCAAUAAAAACAUUUCUUUGCAUAUUUACGGGGAGAAUUUCGAAAACGUGACAUACUUGGCCUUCGCAACAUCUAGAGAUGAACAUUCAUUUUCCUGUGAGAAUCAUCGUGCAACAAUUGCCUUUAUUGUACAGAAAUCCACAUUCUAUUUACUUGAGGCGUCGGUUUUGCUGCGCCAAUUGUCGUCUUUCGAAAGUGCUUUCUAUAUCUGCUUCAAAUUAGCUCAUCCGCUUUACCACCAGAAUCAAACUAUAAGCUGGGUUUACGCCAACCCGAUGCAUCCAGCAGCAGUUGUCACUCUCCGUACAGCAUCUACCAUUAUGCCUUUAUGGGUUCAGAUUAUUCUCAUUAUUAUUCUUUUCUCAUUGUCGGGCCUCUUUUCGGGGCUUAACCUUGGACUGAUGGCGCUAGAUAAGACAGAGCUUAAGAUUAUUGAAACUGCUGGGGACCCUGAUGAGAAGCGCUAUGCAAAAGCAAUUCGUCCUGUAAGGGAGAAAGGGAAUCUGCUACUCUGUACAAUCUUACUCGGAAAUGUGACGGUCAACACAUCUCUUACUAUACUCAUGGACAAUCUAACGGGAAGUGGUCUAUUUGCAGUCAUUGCCUCGACCCUGGGCAUUACCACAUUUGGUGAAAUUCUUCCCCAAGCAAUAUGUUCCCGCCACGGUCUCGCCAUUGGGGCAAAAACGAUCUGGCUUACACGAUUUUUCAUGGUAGUCACAUUUCCACUAGCCUUUCCAAUCAGCUUUGUUCUGGACAAAAUGCUCGGGGAAGAUUUGGGUCAGGUUUACAGCAAGGAAAAACUAGGUGUACUAUUAAAAGAGCAGCAAGAUGCCGGUCUUGUUGCACCUGAUGAAAUGAACAUAAUUGCUGGUGCCUUGAACAUGUCUACAAAGACCGUGAAGGACAUUAUGACCCAACUUAGUGAUGCUUUUAUGCUGCCCAGCACGGCCCUCUUGGACUUCGACACAAUGAACGAGAUAUUUUCCCAUGGAUUCACUCGAAUUCCCAUGUAUGAGGGCGAUCGGAGGAACAUCAAAGCUAUUCUCAAUGUCAAAGACCUUGGCUUCAUUAAUGCCGAUGACAAAGUGCCCGUGGCAACUGUUUGCAACUUCUACAAUAGGUCUAUUGUUGUGGUACCGGAGACCACCAGCCUUGAGGCCAUGCUCAAGGAAUUUAGACAAGGCAAGACUCACAUGGCUUUUGUGGAACGUAUCACACCCAACGGUGUUGGUGAUCCUUUCCAGGAAUUGGUUGGUCUUGUAACACUAGAGGAUGUUAUUGAGGAAAUAAUUCAAGCUGAAAUCGUGGAUGAAACAGAUAUUUUCACUGAUAAUACGAGGAAGCAGCCACGCCUCGUUAGAAAAACAGACUUCCGUGUUUUUAACACCUCAAACUCCAACAAACCGCGCCAUCAUCUAUCACCGCAGCUCAAAAUUGCUGCCCUGCGCCACCUCGCUUCG